GAGCAAGCAAGAAGCAAGAAUUCUUUUAAAGACAAAACAUAAAAGGAUAGUUCAAUUUCACGGUUUUCAAAUUAAAGAUGAUGAACUUUUUAUCUUCAUGGAGUACCUUAAACAUGGUACUCUUACGUCAUUCAUAUCGAAACGAGGAAGUUUAAAUGAGACAUUGACACGUCAUUUCACCAUUCAAAUUUUGGAAGGUGUGGAAUACCUGCAUCAUAACAAUAUUUUACAUAGAGACAUAAAAGGUAACAACAUUCUAAUGCACGACGACUGGAAUAUUAAGAUAACUGACUUCGGGCUCUCUGAAAUUGUUGAUGAAAAUGGAAUAAAAGCAGACACUGGAACAAUACGAUACAUGGCACCCGAAUUGAUCAACACAGCCGGAAAGAUUUUAAAAUAUACCAGCCGAGCAGAUAUUUGGAGUGUAGGCUGCACUGUUGUAGAAAUGUUGACGGGCAAACCACCAAACAAUUCUUUGCUUGAUGUACAGAUUGCGUUCAGAAUAAAGAACGGAGAUCCUCUACUAUUCCAACUUCCUGCAUCAUCUUCAGAUCUUUUAAAAGCAUUUUUGGACAGGAUUUUUCAACAAGAAGCUAGACUGAGACCGACAGCCUAUUGGCUGCUACACAACGAUCCUUUUAUUGUUGUAGAAAAUACAUGUGCUGUUGAAAUGGUUACAUAAAUUUAUUUUACAUUUCUAACAUCAAUUAAAUGCGCUGGAGUAGGAUGCUAGAGAUCGUGGUUUUAUUUUUUGAUAUUGCUUUGUUGUUUGUGCUUCACAAUGAUAUACUGAAGUGGUAUUUUAUUUUAUUUCUAGUUUCUAUAAAUGCUAAAAUACUAAAUAUCUUGAGUACUGUUUAAGCUAUCUGGCAACAUUUCAUACAUAGAUGUGUCAUCCUUUUUUCUGGUUUGUGAGUGAUUCCUAAUCCAUGUCAGCAAUAUGAU